CAGGUGAGACGGCGGGACUCAGUUCAAUUCAGACAGCUGCUGUACAUGACUGGAUACACAACAAACAACGACGAGCUGGCAUGUAGUUCAUGGAAUAAAUAUCAAAUCUCUUCAUCAUGAAGUCAAGCGAUGGAUUAAGAGAUGAUGACAUGAUUACUGAUUUGUCUUGGAUCUACGUCUCGACUUUGAGUUUAAGUCUCAUAGGUAGUUGUUCUGUUGUAGUGGUUUCCAUCGUAAAGAGAAGGCAUCUCAAUGAACAGGCAAAGCCUCUUCUUCAGCUGGCACUGGCAGAUUUCCUGGCUUCGCUUGUUUUGAUGAUCACCGCCAUAAUUAAUUUACUCAAUGAAAAUUGGCUGUUCAGUGAAAGGAUGUGCAUGCGCGGAUUGACUUUGUCUUUGGCCUUCUACUGCGUCUCGUUUCUGCUUGUCAUCAUUUAUGCCUGUGAGUCUGCACAUGCGUUUCAAGGAUGGAGGGAAAAACCAGUGCAGGAAGCAUUUGAAACGCAGUUGGCACAGUUAUCACAAAGAAGGAGGAGGUUUUGUCUGACCUAUGUUAUUGCGUGGCUUGUACCAAUAAUUGGAUACGUCAUCUACAUUUGUACUGUUCAGUAUAUAGAAGCUACUCUUACGCCAGCACGCAAACCAACGCUGGCACCCUUGAAUAAAGGACCUACAGCCAAGUUCUGCAACAGCUGCAUUCUCUUUGUGCAUCUCAAAAAUGAUUCCUGCAUAACAGUGGAUAAAGCUCAUGCUAAUUCCAUUCGAAUUUUCCCAUUGACCAGUGUGCUGAUGGUCAUCAUCGUCUGCACAGUGGUGUACUGGAAGUUAGAGAGCUCUUAUAGGCAGUAUAGGAACACAAGCAUGAUCACAAUGACACAGAGACAUUCAGGUGGGAUUUGGUCCUCAGCUCGAUACAUGAUCCUUGUUAUCAUCUUCUGCUGGGCACCAGCUCUGGUUGUCAUCUGUCUAUCUUUUAAAAGCAAUACAAUGAGUGAGAUCUUCCCUCUGCAUGUCAUACAGGCGCUGUCAGUGUCACUCCAGGGUUUUCUGAACAGUAUUGUGUACGCAUGGAGACGACGCAAUUUCAGAGACGCCGUGCUGGGGGAACGUCUGCCUCUCAUGGCCUACUCUAACAGAGCCUUCUUUGACCAAUCAUUAAAUGAGCCAUCAUAAAAUCACAGUAUGAAAUCAUGUACAUGUUAUGUUUUCUAUUUUCUAAAUGUUUUCUAUUUAUUUUUAUAUAUAUUUGUGAUAACCAUUGAUAGAAAAUGUUAUAAUAUUUUGGCUGUCUGCACAACAGUAGUAUACUUGAAAUGUAUAAAGCUACAGUGGCGUCUCAAAAAGACAAAUUAUUCGUUGAUUAUUUUUCAAACCAUUCACCUUACUUACAAUAGAGAUAUUAUAUAUUAACUGUAUAUUUGAUAUAUCAGAUGCUCAA